UUGGGCUGUGACCCAUUAAAGAAGAUUAAAAUUUCAUUAGCAUGAGUGCAGUUUGUUAAAGCAGACUGAUUUGUUUCUAAGAUUUAACAACAUCCAGUAUUAACUAUGGCUUGGCAGUGAAAUGAAAGUUCAUCUCCACCGGAGUUGAGGGACUACAAUAAACAUCGUACAAUUUGACCUUUUACAUCUGUAUCCAGAACAAAACCAAGACCUCUUAAAGCACAAACCAUAAGCAUAAGGUGAAAAUUGAUAGGUUUUAUUUUGUAACCAUGGGAAAGAUUGAAUGAAGAACUAUCAAUGGAUGUUAAACCUUAGGAAGAAGUUUUGGCAAGGAGUAGAAUAUUUGCUUGGCCUUAAAGUGGCUCCCCACAGAUUGCCGAUUAGUUGCAAGAGAAAAAUAGCACCUCUAUACUGGAGAAACUGGCAGCCAAUUAGGUAAAAUUAUUGUAUCCAUGUUAUAUUUACUGAAGUUGAUAACUAAUGUGGGUGUUUAAGACUAUCCUGAGAGGACUUCCCUGGUGGCGCAGUGGUUAAGAAUCCACCUGUCAGUGCAGGGGACACGGGUUCGAGCCCUGGUCCUGGAAGAUCCCACAUGCUGCGGAGCAACUAAGCCUGUGCGCCACAACUACUGAGCCUGCACUCUAGGGCCCGUGCACCGCAACUACUGAAGCCCGCGCGCCUAGAGCCCGUGCUCUGCAACAAGAGAAGCCACCCCAAUGAGAAGCCCGAGCACCUCAACAAAGAGUAGCCCCCGCUUGCCGCAACUGGAGAAAGCCCGCGCAAAGCAACGAAGACCCAACACAGCCAAAAAUAAAAAGACAAUAUCCUUAGGAAAUACGCACUGAAGUAUUUAAGGGGAAGGCCGUGUAUAUGUAUGCAGCUUGCUAGCAAAACAACCAAGGAUAAAAAAAAAAAAGAGGUACAGCUAGGAUUACAAAUGAUAAAUGGGGUAAAAUGUCAAUGAUAGGUGAGUUUGAGUAAAGGGCAUAUGACUUAUUUGUAAAUUCUUAUUUGUGCAACUUUUCUGUAAGUUUGUGGUUAUUUCCAUAUAAGAAGCUUUUUUAAAUGGAUUGAUUUUGGCAUAAAAAUUGACGUUUUGCUAAUCUUAGAAAACGUUAGUUGACUAGCGUGAAAUAUUUAAGCCCAUAAGGAUUAUCUAGAAUACAAAAAACCUGGAAAUCAACAAGAGAAAGACAAGUAGCCCAAUAGAAAGACAGGGAUUGAACAGGUAAUUUACAGAAGAGUAAACCAGAAUAAAUGGUUAAUCUCUUUUUUUUGAUGUGGACCAUUUUUAAAGUCUUUACGGAAUUUGUUACAAUAUUCUGUUUUAUGUUUUUUGGGUUUUUGGCCUCCAGGCAUGUGGGAUCUUAGCUGCCACAGCCCCUGCAUUGGAAGGCGAAGUCCCAGUUAAUCUGUUUCUGAUAGAUUUGUAUACAGUUGCAAUGGAUAGAUGUUGAAAACAAUUCCAAGCAAGGAAAAACAGAAUGAUAGCUGGUGUGCCUUAUCAUUUAUAUAAAUUUAAACCACGCAUAUCUUCACUAUAUGUUUGAAAGUAGAACUACAAAAAUAUAUUAAACAGGAGGUGUAUAUGAUUGAAGAGAGGAAUGCAAGUGGGAAUAGAAAAUAAACAGAAAAAAUAGAAUCAAAAGAGAAAAAAAUAGAAUCAAACUAGACAGGGGUAUUCUGACAAGUCAGCAAGCCUUGAGCUCAGGAGGUGGGUGAGUUAUAAGCUCGUACCCAAGGUCUGUAAGACCAAAAGAAGAAAAAAAGAAAAAGUGAAAACAGCUCCCAAGCCCUAAUUAACUUGUCUCAAUCUUACUGAGUUGGAAGCAGUUUUCAUUACAAACAAGGGGCCAGCCCCAACUUGCCCGCUUUUCUGCUUGUUUGUAUCUAAACUCCCCUCCUGGCUUUCUCACCAUAGCUGCGCCCUACUCCUAGCACACCUUUGGGAGUGUCAUGAACACGUUCAUCACAUUUUUGUGCCAACAAAGGGACUCUUCCCAAGCUUUUCACUAAGAAUCUGGUUGUCAGUUACUGAGAGUUUCAACUUGUGUGGUUUUUUUUUUUUUUGUAUAAUUUACACACCAUAAAGUUCACCCGUUUAAAAUGUACAGUGGCUUUUAGUAUAGAGUCAACCAUCCCUAUAAUGUAAUUCUAGAAUGUUACCAUCACCCUCCCCAAAGGAACCUUGUACCCUGAUUCAGCUCUAUUCGGCUUUUUAACCUUGCAUUUCUUUCUCCCCCAGGGGUGGAAGUUAAAACCCGGGGGCUGGUCACUGCCCACCAGAGAGACGUGCAGCCUGGGGCUCCCCUGGGGUGGGUUAUCACUCGGCAGGCUAUAUCUGGGUAAACACCUGGAGGCUUGAGCUGGCUCUGCGAAGAUGUCUUUUUCAAUAUGUAUAUUUUUGAAAAGAAGUUAAGUGCUCUGGCAGGGGUAAAAGGACAUCCAGGGGAAACACACCUCCACAGGCCCCCACACCCUGUCCAGACGCCUACUCCCAAGGCUACACGUUCAGUGCACUCUCAUUUGUCUUCCCAGAGAUGUUCUCACAGAGAUUUCUUUAGUGCAUUAUUUGCACACCAGGAAGAAGCCAUUGAGUAGCGCUCGGGUGGAAUCAGCCUGGGAGUGGGGGCAUGGUUGGAAGGCUGACUGCGUGCCCCUCCUCUUCCUUGAAGGUCCACCAGUCUGGCUUCCUGGAGCCCCUCGCUGCGGUGAGGGAAGACCUAGCGCCUGCCACCCGUGCACCUUUGUGCUUGGAGGGAGGCAUCUGCACAUGUGGCACUGGCCCAAGCGGCGCCUGCCCGAGGCCCUAAGAGGACCUGUUUCCAGAGCUGCAGCUCUACGUAUGUGGAUGCCUAGUGUGUGUGAACUUCUGCGAGCCGUGUGAGAACAUGUGCGUGCUGGGUGGGCAGGUGUGUACACAUGGUGUGUGCGCGCUGUGUUCACACUGCGUGAGGAUGUGUGUGCACCCUGUGUGAGAAACUACAUCCCAUGUAUAUAUAAUGCUGAGUGUAUGCACUGUGUGGGGACGUGUGUUUACACCGGUGUGUGCAUGCUGUGUGUGCGCACUGUAUGAGGAACCGUGUGCAUGCCGUGUGUGCGUGCGCGCUGUGAGGACUGGUGUGCACAUCGAACGUGCACGCGGUGUGUGGGAGCGCUAUGAGAACUAGUGCUCACACUGCACGUGCACGCCGUGUACUCGUGCUGUGUGAGGGCUGGUGUGCAUAUUGCCAAGUGCACGAGGUAGGCGCCUGCUGCUUGAGGACCCGUGUGCAGCUCGCGUGUGCACGCGGUGCUCGUGCGCGGCUUGAGAACCGGUGCGCACAUCGCACGUGCACGCCGUGGGGGGGACGCGUGCGCGUACGGACGCGCGCAGGUCCGAUACGGCGCGGCGGCAGGGGCAGUGCGCCUGUGCGGCCCCGGCAUCCCGAUGGAGCACGGCGUCGACUGCGGGGCGGCAGCCGGGACGGAGGGGUCUACGCGGGCCCCCCCGCUUCCCGGGAAGAUGGCCGAACCGGGCGCGGUGCGGACCUCGCCGCCCAACCACCGGCCUUCAGGCAUGGAUGGAUUUUUAAAAUCUGAUGAGAGACAACGACUAGCUAAAGAAAGACGAGAAGAAAGAGAAAAAUGUCUUGCUGCCCGAGAGCAGCAGAUCCUGGAGAAACAGAAGAGAGCCAAGCUCCAGUACGAAAAGCAAAUUGAGGAGAGGUGGCGGAAGCUGGAAGAGCAGCGGCAGCGAGAGGCGCAGAAGAGGGCCGCCGUGGAGGAGAAGAGGAAGCAGAAGCUCCGGGAGGAGGAGGAGCGGCUGGAGGCGAUGAUGCGCAGGUCCCUGGAGCGCACACAGCAGCUGGAGCUGAAGAAGAAGUGCUCGUGGGGAGCAUCACUGGCCGCAGGGCCCGGAGGACGCGAUGGUGAAUCAGGAAAUACCCCACCCCCUCCUCUAGGUUUAGCAACCAGCACCCUCCCUCCGGACCCAGGGACCACUGCCGCCGCUGCUGAGUCCACCAACGCAUGUGACAAACUUUCAACAUCAACCAUGAAUUUGCCAAAGCAGACGGAGCCUCCCAUGAGUAAGCGCCUGUCUUCAUCCACCGCGACAAUGUCCUAUUCCCCAGACCGAGCUCAUCGCACGCACCUUAGUCCCAUGGAAACCUUUCUUGUUAUGCGACUGUUGACACCCACACAGGCUUCUUUAGCCAGAAGCAGAAGUGCACUCAUGCUCUCUGAGCAGGCCAGUCACUCAGCUCCUGCUGGCCCCCUUAAGUCUUCCUACAAGUCUUCUCCCACUCGAAAUGCCGAGAAGAAGAAGACGACCUCUACAUCUGGCGUAGGAGAUGCUGGGAAAGGAGCCCCUGCAGGAGCGGAGGCCUCUCCGACGGAGAAGAUGAAGAGGGGGCCAAAAACAACAACUUCCGUUCCCAGCGUGGGCCUCAUGUCCCCUCUGAGAAGAUGCGAUUUUCCAGCAGGCGUUUCUAAGAGGUCGUCUUCUCCUGUGACACCCAAGGCAACUCCAAAAGCAUAUCCGCAGUCUCCAAAGAACGUGAAGCCGCCAUACCCAGGGUCUCCCGUGAAGUACCGCCUCCCUGCCUUUUCCGGCCAGGAAACACCCAAGAAGAAAGCAGAGAAAGAGAAGAGCAACAAGGAAAGGGAGGGCUCCCUGGCCCAGCAGGCAGCCGGCCCACCUGGGGAGGAGGCCCCAGAGAAGCACGUGGCAGACAGGCACGCCACCGAGAAGCAUGAGGCCGCAGCAGGGAAGGCCGAGGGCGGUGGAGCCUCGUGGAAGCCCACAGCGGGCACCACUGAUGCAGGAGAGGCCACAAAGAUGCUGGCCGAAAAGAGACGACAGGCCCGGCUGCAGAAGGAACAGGAGCAGCAAGAACGUCUGGAGAAGGAAGAGCAAGACAGGCUGGAGAGAGAGGAAUUGCAAAGAAAGGCAGAGGGGGAAAGACUUCGCCUAGAAGAAGCAGCCCGUAAGCAGGAAGAGGAAAAGAAGCGGCAGGAGGAAGAAGAGAAAAGGAAGGCGGCAGAGGAGGCCAAGCGGAGGGCCAAGGAGGAGCUGCUGUUGAAAGAAGAGCAAGAAAAGGAAAAGCAAGAAAAAGAAAAGCAGGAAAAGGCCAUGAUUGAAAAGCAGAAGGAAGCAGCAGAAGCAAAGGCCCAGGAGGCAGCUAAACAGAUGCGUCUAGAAAGAGAGCAGAUCAUGCUGCAGAUUGAACAGGAGCGACUGGAGAGGAAGAAGAGAAUAGAUGAAAUUAUGAAGAGAACAAGGAAGAGUGAUGUGUCUCUGGAAGUGAAGAAAGAAGACCCGAAAGUGGAGCUUCAGCCUGCUGUGUGUGUGGAAAAUAAGACAAAACCAGUUGUCCCCAACAAAAUAGAAAUCAAUGGCUUGAACACCUGCCAGGAAGUUAAUGGUGUGGAACGUGCUGCCCCAGAGACUUUCCCCCAAGAUGUUUUCACUAAUGGACUUAAACCAGUUGGGGGACUUGUUCACCUGGACGCCCUUGAUGGGAAAUCAAACAGUCUGGAUGAUUCAACGGAAGAAGUUCAGUCUAUGGAUGUGAGUCCUGUUUCAAAAGAAGAGCUUAUCUCUAUCCCAGAAUUUUCACCAGUGAGUGAAAUGAUUCCUGGGGUAUCUCUGGACCAAAAUGGAACUGGUAAUGCCCGAGCACUUCAAGAUCUCUUAGAUUUCACUGGCCCCCCCAUUUUCCCCAAGAGAUCCAGUGAAAAUCUCAGCCUGGAUGACUGUAACAAAAACCUGAUCGAAGGCUUUAACAGUCCUGGCCAAGAAAAUACUCUGAACACCUUCUGUUGACAAAUACAACAUCUCUUUAAUGAAAGGUGGCGUUUGGAGAACCCAUGAAGCUGCUGGUAGUCAAAUCUGAGCUGCCGGCCCUCUGAAGAAGCUUCUGUCGUCCUUAACCGCUGGAUUCCAAACUAUUAAAUCAAAAUGUAACUGUAUUCCUACUUAGUAUGUCAAACGCUGGCCACUCUCAGUAGAUCCUUGAGACGUUGGCCUUGUCGGGCUUUAGCAGAGUUCCAUGUUACAUUUCUAUUUAUGAGCUUCAGCUGCUGAUAAAGCAUUUCCUGUACUCUUAUUAGCAUAGUGAUCCUCUGAAUAACCCGUGUGAUUUCGGCUUGGAAAGUCACCUUAGAACCAUUCUUAUCCCCAGACUUGGAGCAUAUAAACAUUUAGAUGUCUUUCCUUGUAAAUAUUCUAGACAUUUACCCAGACUCUACUUAAACAUAUACUGAAAACUUGGGUUGCAUAUCUCCCUGUCCGUGUUUAGAAGGAGAAGAAAUUCUGGAACAUUUCCCCCAUCUCUGGGGUUUCUUUGUUGGAAGUUACUAUCAAGAAGCCGUGUUUUAUUAUUAAACUUAGCUACCUGCAAAAUGUGUUGCCCCCCAUUGCUCCUUGGGCAGCUAGUGGAGUGAGUCUGGCUGAGUAAGGGAGCCAUUGAACAGCGUGGAAGGCCAUCUGCUCCAUUAGGCAUAUUCCUCCAGACUUGGGCAUCUGAAUCUCCAAGGACCUUUUCAUGUUGUACCUGAAAUCCUCCAAGCUGUAGUCACUCCAGACCCUCAAGUGGCUUCUGGACUGAAUGAAUCGUGCACCUCCUGCCCAGGUGGUUGCUUUUCAUGUUGUAGCUGUUGUUUUUCUCUUGGGUCUUGGGGCUUUUGUUUGUUUGUUUACUCAACUCUAAUAAAACCAGGUACAAAUGAAAAGCAUAGUGCUCUGAGACAGGGGCCCCUGAACUGGACCUAAUAUGUCACUUUAACAGGCUUGAACAUAAAAACAUCUGGGCGGGGGACAAAUGACGGUAGAAUGUAUACUUUACACGUUUUGUGCCAUAUAAUAAUGUGUUUUCUUCAUUUCUUGUGGUGAAAUGUGACUUUCAGAUUAAAAUAACCUUUUCUUCUUUGAAACCUUUUUUUUUGUCUUGUACAAUAAAGAGUUUGGAAAGAUCCAUAAUUCUGACUGAGGUUUGCAACCAGGAGAUACAAAAAAGUCUCCAAAGUAAUCUUGUUAUGUGCUCUUAAAACCAGCUACAGUGUAAGACUGUAUUAGGUAUGGAAACUGUGUACGUUUGUGUAUGUGUAUAUACUAAAUAAAAUACAUGCCUCCAAUAAUACAGUGCCAUAGAUCUUGAUGAAUAUCGGGGGAAAAUCCCUUUUAUGACAAGCACAUAGAAAAUGAUAGCAUGGUCUGACUUUCCAAAAAACGCCUUGCCAUCUUUCUUAUAGCCCUGUUUUGCUAAACGUCUGUUUUCUUGCAAUCUGUUGUACCUCACAGCACCAUUGUGAUCCUGGUGAUGCCUCAUUUGCACGAUGUGUACCUUGUGUUACCGUGAAAUACAUUUUCAUUGA